GAGGGAGUUAUCGACGCUCGCAAAAGUGAGCCGUGCGAUGUAUGUAUACUCGUCACAUGAUGCAUUAUGGCGACCGCUCGUGUUCGAGAAGUUUGGCGGUGACUUCAGAUUUCGCAACUCUUGGAAGCAGUCAUACUUAGACUUGUCCCGGGAAGCUGCUCUCCGCAAAUGCCCCACCACAAAGUCUGUCACGACCGUAACCACAACUACUUCAGUCAAAGGUGCCACAACAUCGGUGGAAUCAAAUGUAGAGACACUGCAUCCUAUAACAAAUUUUACGACAAUUACACCUAUCGCUGUUAAGGGUGUAUACAGUGACGAGCUGUUUCAGCCAUGGUUCUGUGCAGCCAUGGGUGUGGAUGAGUCCUGGCUUACAGUGGAAAAUAUUCCAAGAGUCAACAAUCUACCGUUAGAAGACUUUGUUGAGAAAUUUGAGGCACCUAAUUUGCCUGUCAUCAUAACUGACGUCGUGGGCGCAUGGCCCGGCUAUAAGAAGUGGUCCGAAGAGCACUUGUGCAAAGAAUAUGGUAACGUCAAGUUUAGGGCAGGACCAAUCGACAUCACAAUGAGUAACUACUACCGUAUAAAGGAUACUGAUGAAAAUCCUAUUUAUUUGUUCGAUAAAUUUUUUGGUACGAACGCACCUGGGCUCGUAGACGACUACAUUGUGCCUCCUUACUUCAGUGGAAGUCAGGAUUUGUUUUCAUUGUUUGGCGAUGAAUCGCGUCCAGACUAUAAGUGGAUCAUAAUCGGUCCAGCUGGCUCCGGCUCCACAUUUCAUAUUGAUCCGAAUGGUACCUCAGCAUGGAAUGCCGUGGUGAAGGGCAGGAAAAAAUGGAUUAUGUAUCCACCGUCAGUACCUCCUCCGGGUAUAUUUCCCAGCGAGGACGGCUCAGAAGUGGCCGCUCCUGUAUCCUUGAACGAAUGGUUUAGUAAAUUCUACGCGGAAAGCAAGAAGGAAGGUGUCAAGCCUUUUGAAUGCAUAGUCAAUGAGGGCGAGAUGAUUUUCGUACCCAGUGGAUGGUGGCACGCAGUGGUGAACAUCGAAGACUCCAUUGCAAUCACGCAAAAUUACGUGUCUAAUGCGAAUUUGAUAAAGGUUAUCGACUUCCUGAAAAACAAACCCAACCAAAUAUCCGGUUGCAAGCCCUCACUGCCAGCGGAGGAACUAUAUGCUCGAUUUACACAGGAAUACGAUAAGGUAUAUCCGGGUAAACUUGAGCAUUUGUGCGAAGAAAAUAGGAUUCGUCUCGUGGAACGCGCAAAAGGCUCAUUCUGGAACCAGGUCAAGAAUGCAGCACCUGUGGCAACUGAAAACGGCGUAGGCAAUACAUCAGGAGGUUUCUCUUUCGGAUUUUGAAUACAAUGCGCGAGUAAGUCACUGGCUGAUUGCAAAUAGCAUUGUUUUUCGGCGGUAUUUCGACCGUUGGUGCUCGCCAAACUCUUCUGUCGGACCAAAUUAGUUGAUUACAUUUGCAUGGAUGUCAUGGCAUGCAAGCCAAGACCACCUGAAGUGGCUGCAGUAUACAUCAUAUCAUUCCUGUUAUUUUCUUAGUAUUAUGAGACCUCUCUUUGUAAGAGAUAAAUAGAGGAGCCUUGUGGGACCGCAUGACUAAUGGUGGAGCUGUCAUAAUUGCAUAUCUGUCUGCUUCUCAGCGUCGUACAUAGAUAGAGUGGCGGCAUUCUCUAUGAAAGAUGGUUAGUGUACUGCUCCACAGAGACCAGUGAGUUUUACCACCAUAUAUGUUGCUGAAACACAUUUUACAUAAAACGCUGGCGCGAUUGUAGUCGCCGUGUUUGCUUGUUGUUUUAUCUAUGCACAUUUUUGUAUUGUUUUGAUGUGCUGACUAAACAAAGCUGGAUUGAUAGGGACGCCAAAAUAUGUCAAAGGCUGGCGUAUACGUCUGUGCCGGUUUGUGUUUGUCUUAAAAUCGAAGAAAAUAUUUAGUUUCAUUCGUGAUCCCAGAAUAAAAUAUUUGUAACAAUCAGUCCGAAGCCAAUUGUGGAAGAAAUUGGUCCUGAUUAGUGGAGAAUAUCAUAGCCCUAUAGAAAGACAAGAAUAUCCAUCAAAUUUUCCAUAUGUUUUCGGGCGAGUUCGCCAAAGAAAUCUUUCACAACCACAUCAGCACAAAUGAGAUUACAAUAGUAAUAGUAAUAUACAGUGCACCUAUUGCUGGAUAAUUGUAGAAUGUUAAGUAUUGGAACUAUAAUUGCUAACCGAGCUUAUACGUACACCUGAGAUCGUUUCUCU